AUGAAGAUUGCCUUCUAUCUCGCGCUCCUGGCCGUCACGAUCUCGUCGACGGCUGCCGAUUCUCCGGCGAUCUUGUCCAGAAAGCUAAUGUGUGCGCAGACACCUGGCACUAAGACGAAUUGCUGCAACGACGUGGUGUGCCCGGAAGAUGACCCUCCGGUCUGCGGCUCCGACGGAGUUACCUACCCGAACACGUGUGACUUGAGUUUUGCCAGCUGCAACAACCCAGAGCGCAACAUCACGCUGGUUAGCGAUGGUGCUUGCCCGGGUCAGCCGGUAUCCCAGAUUCCUCAAGUGGCUGCAUGA